UUUCACCAGCCCUAACCUAACUCAAACUGGCUGCUAAAGACAGGCCUGAAGUACUCUUCCGAGCCCAGAGCGUCAGCCUAGCUGAACGCCCGAGGUCCAACUAUGCACGCACCGUUCGCAGUGCGGACACUAGACUCAGGUCUGACAAACAAUUCUUUACACAUCGACCCCCAUCCGUCGACAAAAAGAAACCAAAACCAACCAAAGUCAUGGUCAAACAACAAAAACGGAAAACCAUCGAAAAAAUCCCGUGCGCGAUCUCAAUCCAAACCCUCUCUAUACCGAUGAAAUACGCCGACACCCAUUCAACCUCCACGCAAAACAGAAUCGAUAGUCACAACAAAACUAAGUCUUCUAAUCCCCCUAAACAGGUCGGCGAGAAGAGGCUGUGUCAAACGACCGGCGGGAAAGAGACGGAGAACAAGCUGCUGGUGCAGAUCAGCGAAGCCGAACAAGUGUCGGACUUUGAAAGGAUUCUUAAUUCUAAUGCAAUAUUGUGUGAGCGCCGCGGACACGUGUGGCGCAGUGUCGCCGCGCCGACGCCUGCCUCAGCCCACCGGCCGCGCUCCUCCUACUCCCUCCGCGCCGUGAGCCAGGCCUACCACUACCUCUUCAGGCAGCACGAGGAGUCCCUCCAGCCGCUCAUCGACCACUACCGGCAGACUCUCGCCGCCGACAACGAAAGCUUAGGGAACUUAGACAACCUUAACGACUUGCAAGAGUUCUACGAGGACGAUCACACCUUAAAGAAGGAGAUCGAAACAGCGACUGACGAAUUCAUCACAGAGGAAAUCCAGGAGGAGCCGCGUGGGAAGCGCGGAAACUUCAAUGUUAACUUGGCCGGUCUUAUCGACCUUCGCGUGACUGGAGAAGCUUGCUCGCCAGUACCACACGAGACCGAUCCGUCGCCGGACGUAGACCGGCCCGGGACCGACGACGAGGAGGAAUGGCUCGCACCGAGCAUGAGCGCGCCCGAUGACCAACAGGAGAAUCGCGACUCCGUCGACUGUCUCGCACAGAACUUGAACGGCGUGAAGCUGAGCGAUGCGAAUGUUCCGACGAUAACCUUCAGCAGUUGUUCAGACGGUGGUAGAAGCGAGCUGCCGAAUAAUAAGGACGUCGUCAUCCAUCUGGCCGUGCCCUCAAUUGAUUGCAUUGAUGAGACGCGCCCGCCGAUGUGA